AUGGAAACUGUAUCUGACACCACUAAAACAGCUGCAAGGACUAGGUUUGAGCUCCGUAGUGCGACGAUUGAAGAUGUUCCACUGAUUCGGACUCUUAUUCGAGAACUUGCCGAAUUCGAAAAACUACUCGAUACAUGCAGUACCACUGAAGAGCUUCUUGCUCAACAUCUCUUUGGAGUGGGAUCUAACCCUGACCAAGUGACUCCCCAACGAGCAGCUCAUGUUUUGAUUGCUAGUGAGAUUGCCACUCAUACUCCUGUUGGUAUGGCACUGUAUUUUUUCAACUUUUCGACAUUCACUGCCAAACCAGGGCUUUAUUUGGAGGAUCUGUAUAUUCGUGAGGCAUAUAGGGGAGCAGGCAUUGGAUCAAUGUUUUUUGAUCGUCUUGCCAGUAUUGCCAAAGAUGCUGGGUGUGCACGGAUGGAGUGGUCAGUGUUGGACUGGAAUGAACGAGCUCGUUCAUUCUACAAGUCCCUAGAUGCCAAGGAAAUGGAGGGCUGGCUUAUUUGUAGACUGGAUGAACAGGCAUUGCAAGCCUUUCCCCGCAACCAAUAAAUGAACUGGAGUACCAAGAGUCCAUAUUUUAUGAUCCGGGGCUGAACAGUCAUUCUAACUGCUCAGUAAUGCUUUGGCUAGCUUUUCUGAUGCAACCCAAUCCAGAUCCAGAUCGAAUGACAUGCAACAAGUAUUCAAUCGUUUUUAUUAGGCUUACGUAAGCAAGAGAAUUGAAGGCAACAAACCUUCACUACAGCAAACUAUAUAUUUAGACAUGUAGAGUAAUAGGUUCUAGGCAAAGCAGAUGCCUGAAACCAUUCGUGUAGUUUAAAUACUAUAUUUAAAACAAGGCGAGACCAGCAACUGCAGCCAUGAUGGAGCCAAAGAUGCUAGAAACAAUACUAGAUGCACUGCUUUUUACGGUACUUCCAGAACCAGAGGCGGUUCCAGACGAUGCACCGCCAGCAGCAGUAGCAGUUGCAGCGGAUGAAGCGGUGGCAGUAGCAGCCACAGUGGAUGGGGCUGAGGCAGUUGUAGCUGCAGCCGUAGCUGUGCUGGUUUCGUUUCCACAGCCUCCCUUGAGAACCAAGUUACUAAUUUCAAAAGUAGCGCCAACAGGACUGAGACUAGUCGGAGUCCAAUCUUUGAGAUGCUUAAAGUCGUAAGGCGCGCCAUUGAUGUUCAUGGCAAAGUCAGAAAGAGGGAGCGACACGUGUUGUUUGGAGCCAUUGGGUUUAAUGUACUUGGUAAGAGGCAUGUAACUAGAGUCGAUUAGGCGGUCAACACAAUUGGCCGACUUUUGAGUAAGAGUAAAAGACAUGUCUGAGCCUGUUGGGGCAACCAAAUCAAAGGUAAUAGCACUGUAGCCAGUCAGGUCAAAACAUGCAAUGGCAUCAAACUUUGCAAACCAGAAAUUGCUAGAGUUGGUCGAGGUCAAAACGGCUGCCUUCUUGGCAGUAUCAACAGACCAUUCAAUGCCGACAGCACCAUAAUCGCCACCAAGCAAAUUGACAGGGCGAACCUCCCCAUCAACCAUGGCAGACUGGGCCUUGACAAAGUCGUCAACCAGAAGAUCUGGUUUACAUACGGCUUGGGAGGAUACAACCGAGAUGGAGGCUAGAAAAAUAGUGGCGGAAAGUGCGAGCAUGGUUGGAUAGAUGCU